UAGCUAAACCACUCUAUAAUAUCUCUGGGGAUCUGGAUUAGCACUUUUGAGUUGGCAAACUAUCUAGCGUGGUCAAGCAGGUUUCCAGCAAAUGAAUUUCGCAAUCUGAAGAUUUCUACUUUACCUGGGUCAUAUUUACGUCUCCUUCUGCACCAGCCACCUGUCUCGGAUAAAGGACCUUUAACCUUUCUCAGGAGUUGCUUGAAGGACUUGAAGCUGCUGCGAGGGCAGUCAUCUUCAACUCCUGUAAGAUCUGAUGACUACCCGCUGUUAGGCCACUUUCGGGUCUGAUGUCUUCAUCUUAGAUAGGCGUGAACAGCAGCAGCCAGCUCCGAGGAUGGAUAUAGGGGGUUUGGAGAACGUGGUAGCCAACUCUGCUUACAUCUGUGCCAGAGGCAGCUUCGACAACAGCUCCAAUACCGCACCCACCUGGGACAAGAAGUACCAUGCCAAACUCAAGCUGCCCCAUAUCACCCAGUCUGAAGGCCUGAGGGACAUGAUUGACCUGGAAUUCGACAACAUCUGCACCAAACAGCCUAUCGGGAAGCAACUCUUCCAGCAGUACCUGGAGACGGUUCCAGAAUACAAACCAGCGUCCAAGAUCUGGAAGGACAUCGAGGAAUAUGACACAGCAGAGGACAAUGACCGGGUGCAGAAGGCCUCCAAGAUCAUAUCAAAGUACAUGCAGACGGGGGCCAGGAACUUCUUCUCCCAACUAGACGAGAAGAUUGUUUCCCAGGUGAAAGAGGCACACCAGACCACUAAGGAUGACUUGUUCGUGGAGACUCUGGAGAGCACCAUGGCUUUCCUGAAGGAUGCCCCCUUCACCAACUUCAAGGAGACCAUGUACUUCAAUAGGUUCCUCCAGUGGAAAUGGUUAGAAGCUCAGCCCAUCGGGGAAGACUGGUUUCUGGACUUCAGAGUCUUGGGCAAGGGUGGCUUUGGGGAGGUUUUCGCCACGCAAAUGAAGGGCACUGGGAAACUUUAUGCCAACAAGAAACUCAACAAGAAAAGGCUUAAGAAGAGGAGCGGCUAUGAGGGCGCGAUGGUCGAGAAAAGAAUCCUUGCCAGGGUCCAUAGCCGUUUCAUUGUCUCAUUGGCGUAUGCAUUUCAGACCAGAACUGACCUUUGCCUGGUGAUGACGAUAAUGAAUGGUGGAGACCUGAGGUACCACAUCUAUAAUGUUGAUGAGAAUAACCCAGGCUUUGAAGAGCCCAGAGCCUGCUUCUACACAGCACAGAUCAUCUGUGGGAUGGAGCAUCUUCACCAAAACAGAAUCAUUUACAGAGACCUCAAGCCAGAGAAUGUACUCCUGGACAAUAAUGGAAAUGUGCGUAUUUCAGACCUUGGACUUGCAGUGGAGCUGAAGGACGGUGAAACAAAAACAAAAGGUUAUGCAGGAACCCCAGGUUUCAUGGCUCCUGAGCUCCUGAGAAGCGAGGAGUAUGACUACUCCGUGGACUACUUCACCCUGGGAGUGACACUGUACGAAAUGAUUGCAGCCAAGGGCCCCUUCAGAUCCAGAGGAGAAAAGGUUGAAAACAAGGAAGUUAAAAAGCGUAUUCUCAAUGAUCCAGUGAGCUACACAGAGAAGUUCAGUGAAGAGGCCAAAUCCUUUUGUGAAGGGCUGCUGGAAAAGGACGUGACUAAGCGACUUGGGUUCAAGAAUAACAGCUGUGAUGAGCUCCGGGUUCACCCAUUCUUCAGCAGCAUUAACUGGAGAAAGCUGGACGCAGGUAUACUCCCGCCUCCAUUUGUUCCAGACUCUAAAACCGUUUAUGCGAAAGACAUCCAGGAUGUAGGUGCCUUUUCCACUGUAAAAGGUGUUAACCUUGAUGAUCCUGAUAAAGAAUUCUUUGAUGAGUUUGCAACUGGCAACAUCGCGAUACCCUGGCAGGAGGAAAUGAUAGAGACUGGUGUUUUUGGAGAGCUCAACAUGUGGGGCACUGACGGAAAAUUACCAAACGAUCUGAAGAGGGAAUCCAUUACAGAACUGCCAGCAAACAAAUCCGGGGUGUGCUCUAUUUCUUAGGAAGGUUGCGUCCUUUUCAAGAAGAAUACGCAUGAUAUCUGGAUGAAUGAAGAAACUGAAGAGCUAUGGUUAUAGAGUGCAGGAUUCUGUUUUUCAUCUGGUUUGGUGCAAGAUAUCUUCCCAUUGAGCAUUGUCAAGGAGGCUAGGGUUUCCACCUCAGAGGAGCAAACUGCUGUUAAUGCUUGUGCAGUCCCAUGCCACGAUGCAGAAGACUAAAAAACACAGGGUAGUUUUGUGUCCAUGGGAAAAGAUACUGAAAUCCUGGGACACUGUCCUCAAAACCAGGAAGAUAAAUGUGAUGACCCUAAGCGAAAGUUCACAAAACACGAAGAAAGAGUUUCGGGUCUUUUUGAAUAAACCUGUAUGCAACUCUGUUUCAUUCUGAUGUGUCCUGCAAUGAAUCUGGCUGCAGGAUAAUGAUGGCACAAGUACCUUGAGUUACGUGCCAAGUUCAUGUUCGGAGCUCAGCCAAUGGAAUGACAUCCUGCCCCCAAGCCAGCUGGAAACAGAAUACUGAACACUGUACUCCUUUUAGAGUAAACCAGUAAAUAGAAGCUCUGGUGUGUAUGUAGUGUGCAAAAAAUACAACCAGAUUCAAGAUAUAGCCAAGUUUUAGUUAAUAUGAAUACAAACAAAAUUGUAUGAAAUAAAAAUAGAAAGUCCAAUAUAUUAUAAAUAUGGAAAAUAUUUAGUUAUGUUGGAGGAAUUUUAACGUUCGAGUUGAACAUGCUGAUGUUAUGAACUGGGUACCCAGGAUCAUAAUUUACUUGGUAAAAACACAAGCUGGUUGACUAACAUUGUCAUUCUCUAUAGAUUACAUGACAAAUUUGAGUUUUCAUUCCAGUAACUAGGUUUUCAGUACUGUACUCGCUGUUACUAAUGCAAUUUGACUGCAGUGGUCUAUUGCAUGUGUAACAAAUACUGUGCAAUUCAUUCAUUAUUGUAUAGACUGAACAGUAGGGCAGAUCAGGCACUGCAUACUGUACAUUACAUACUGUACAUUACAGCUCCAAUGUACGAUUAAAAUCUAUGCUUUGAGUUACAAAGCAGGUUCACAAUUCCUCAUGAAGACAUUAUGGGCUCCUGUGAAGCAAGUGCAAACACAAUGGCAUUGUAAGUCGCCCUGGAUAAGGGCGUCUGCUAAGAAAUAAAUAAUAAUAAUAAUAAUAAUAAUAAUAAUAAUAAUAAUGGCAACAUUUCUCAAGAGACGAACACUGCAAAUGUCAUGAUUUAAAACUAACAGAAAAAAAAACGUGUUCUUGAUUUGUUCUUGUACUAGUUUUAUAGUCAAUUUAUUUUACUCCUCUAUGAAAAUUUCCCUUUGCACUUGCUUCAAAUCAGGGCUUGGUAUGUUGUCUGAACCAUAAGGUGAGAUCAUUAGCCUAAGUAAUAAAUUUGUAUUUUUCUAAUGUGUGUGAAAACUAGUUUCAUGGAGACGGCCGAUUUGUGGGUCUAGUUCUUGUUUUGCAUAAUGAACAAAAGCUUACCCUUUUGAAUCUUCACAGCUAAAUAAUACGCUUAAAAAUAAAAGCAUACAUUUAUAACUCUGA